AAAAAAUAAAGAAGAAAUUAGCUGCGGAACUAUAACAUGUCUGCCUCCAUGUUUUAAGGAAAAAUUGUUUGUUGAAAAUGAAGAAAAAAGACAUAUCUGUGAGACCAGAGGUCUUUCAGGCUAUGCAAAAUAUAGACAUUAUAGCUCUUGAACAAUUUGAACCAAGUUAUCUACGACCAGUAUUACCAUGUUUAGUUAGAACCGCUCUUUGUGCAUCUGUAGACAAAAGUCAAAAAUGGAGCACAGCAAGGAAAGAAGUUUUGAAGAUACUAGCAGGAAUAGAGGAUGUCAAUGGUAUAGUGGCUCUUCUUUCAAUUGAUUUCCACGCCCUUGAACAAGAUGUGAAGAAGGAACAACAAUUAAGGUCUAAAGUUGGCAGCUCACACACAGACAGUGUGCUGAUCUCUCAAAUUCAGAAUGGGCUGGCUUUAGAAUUUGAACGCAGUGAUCCUGCUCGCAAAAUCAGGCUGCUUCUUAGUGAAUUACUUUUUAUAUUGUCUCAAGUGAGGGAAAACAAGACUGAUUUCUCACAGAAACAAUGGGAACUGUUUGAUUGUGAAGUUUAUCUGGAGGAAGUCUCUGAUGUUCUCUGUAUAGCUUACUCAGAAUUACCAAGUUUGUUGCCGAUAAGCGAUGUUGCAGAGGCAUUGAUGUAUGUACCAAAUGGUGCCUGGUUGCUAUGCCGACUAGUUGCUAACUCUCCAGACAGCUUUAAAGAAGUGUGUCAGAGUCUCGUAUCAAGGGGAGAGAAGCAGGACGAGGAAACUAUCAGCGGUAGAAAACGUAUGGACCUUAUACAUACGUUGUGUGAUAUGAACCCCUGUGAGGCAUUGUUUGUUAGAUCUAUUUGUGUACAAAAUUGUACCAUGCCUGCACUGACUGUGGCAUUAACAUUAAACACAUUUAACCAAUCAAAGAGGACAGACAGCACAGACCAAUCAGAAAGCAGCUCUGAAUCAGCCAAUGACAUUGUUGCUUUUGUCAGUGGUUUGUUGCUCGGCAACAAUAUAGAAGUGAAAAAUUGGUUCUCACAAUUUAUCAAAUGUGGACAAAGGAGGGGACGUGAACCAUCUAGUUCCAUGCUUCACACCUUGAGACAAUGUUUGAUUCAACAACUGAUCAGUAUUUUACCUGCGUCUGGUGAGAAUAUCGACGAGGGUCAUGUGAUCAAGGCUGGUUCCUUUAUCAGACUAUUCUGUGCCUUGAAAGGCAUGGCCACACUCAAAUUCACUGAUGAGGAAAUGAAGUUGUUGUUAAGACUGGUGACAUCACAACCUCCAAUUAACCAAUCAGGUGCCAGAUUUGUUUCGCUAGGGCUAUGUAUGCUCAUAGCAUGUCCUUAUAUAAUAGGGAGUCAAGAGCAAGAACGUCAGGUUGCUGAAUGGAUCAGGUGGUUGAUAGCCUCGGAAAAUCUCUUUCAAAAAAAAGCAGACAAGAGCUCGUCAUUUGGGGAGAUGCUGUUUUUGAUUGCUAUACAUUUCCAUGGUAACCAUAUGCAUGCUAUAUCUGAAUUAGUGUGCUCAACUCUCGGAAUGAAGACUCAUGUUAAAGCUAAUGCUUUAGCUAGGAUACGACAGAUUUUCACACAAGAUAUAUUCACAGAACAGGUGAUAACCUCUCAUGCUGUGACAGUUCCGGUGACAGAAGGUCUCAAUGGUAAUAUGGCAGGCUAUUUACCUAUCCACUGUAUAUAUCAACUUCUGAAGAGUAGAGCUUUCUCAAAAUAUAAAGUACCAAUCAAGGACUGGAUAUAUUCACAGAUCUCACAUUGUUCAUACCCGUUACACCCCCUGUUACCAUCAUUACUCGAGGUGUAUGUUAACUCAAUACUGGUGAAAAGUGCUAAAACAGACCAUACCAAUCAACCAAUAGAAUCGCGAGAAAUAGCCGAGUUAUUCACAGAAAAGCCUGUUUUUCAAAAGUGUUGUGCUGGGGAGGUUAACCUAUCCCCACACCUGUGUAUGCUGUACUACAUUCUACUGUACCAGGACACGUUGGAUAGUCAAAGAAAAACACUAUUGAUGUCAGGACGUAAUGUAGAAUCCUACCCGGACAGUCUGAUGUCAACGUUACCUAUAAAUUACCUCAUUCAACAGUCACAGAAAAGACAGGAUUUAUAUGGAGGUCUCUUCUCCUCACUCCUCAAAUUGUUAGUUAGCCAGUUCCCACACCUGUGUAUUAUAGAAGAUUGGCUGGAAGAAACUAUGACACCUUCAAUGACUACAGGUGACCUAACUUCAGCCACUAAACCUAGAUGUACCAUUGACAACUUUAGAACAGCCCUAGCCUUACUACCAGACUGUGCCACAGAAAUGCUGAUUGUAUUAGGACGGAUGCUCAGUCUGCCUGUGGAAGAGUUACUCCCCUUUACUGAUGAGAUUGUAAAUUGUCUGCCCAUCAUUUUGUCACCGCAAGUACCAAGGAAAGUUACUGACCUUGUUAACAGGAUUUGGUUUAAGAUCCACUCACUUACACCUAGAAGUUUACGACUGGCUACAGUAAAUGCACUGAGACCACAACGUAAAAAUGCAUUCAAGUUUUCACUGUACACUGAAACAGAUGUGACUGUAGAUCCAUUGAUAGUGCUCAGAUGUGAUGAAAGAGUUUUUAGAUGUGCGCCAUUGUUAGAGAUAGUGUUACGUAUUUUGUCGGCGUACACAUUGGCGUGUAGAGUUUACAUGGAGAAUCACAUACAGUCAAACCCUGUAUUAGACGGCAACAAUCAGACCGACCAAGAUCGGCAAGAACUAAAGGGGGCACUGUUGGCAGCACAAGAGAGUGCAGUAAUACAAAUUUUGCUCGAAUACUGCAUGGAAAAUGAAAAUGAGAAACAGGACAGAGAUGGUAUGCUAAACAAUCUACAGGAAGUGAGAUCAGUCAUGUGUUCAUAUAUUCAUCAAACUUUUAUCUCAGAUCCUAAUCUCGCAAAACUCGUACAUUUUCAGGGUUAUCCGAAUGAGUUACUACCUGUUACAGUGUUGGGUAUACCAUCAAUGCAUAUAUGUCUGGACUAUAUACCAGAGAUGUUGAGUCAGCCACAGAUGGAUAAACAGAUAUUUGCCAUCAAAUUGACGUCACAUCUUUGUUGUCAGUAUGCAUUACCAAAGUCUCUCAGUAUCGCUAAGUUAUGUAUCAAUGUGAUGUUUGCCAUGAUUGGGGUUUUGGAUGCAAAGAAGAGGGUAGAAUUUUUCUCAGAGACAUUACCAUAUUUGGUGAAGAUUUGUCAAGCUUUUCCUCCACUGUGUGAAGAUGUAACAAGUUUGCUGAUACAGAUUGGGCGUGUCUGUCUUUCACACUUGACUGCCUCAAGUAACGUCCCAGAAACAGAUCCAACAAUUGAUAGUUGUUGCCGGGUGGAAGAAAGUGAAGGGGAACCUCCUCAUAAACGGUUAAAGUUACAUCAUGAACUGUCCGCCACAUACCAUAAACUGUACAGUGUUAUACAAACUACAUUUAAAUCCAUCGUUACAAAAUCAGUAGCAACGAAAGAUGUGUACUGACAUUAUCAUAUACAUGUGAAUAAAUAAAUGAAAAAAAGUUUA